UGGCGCCGGGUGUUCAGUGGGGUAAAGGUGAGGAAGAGCUGCUGCUGCUGCAGCUGCAAACAACAACACUUUCAACCAAUUCACCUGCCAGCUGGCUAAAGAUAUUUCUGCUGUAAACUAAAGUCAACAUAUCCUGAAGAAGAAGGAAGAAAUGGCUAAUCAUUUGUCAGAGUCUCUGCCAGAGCGGACCUUCGGGUACCAAAGCAGCCUGCCACCGCUGCCUGUCCCGUCACUAGAGAUGAGCCUUUUCAAGUACCUGGAAGCAGUUCAUCCAUUUGCAUCUGAGACUGAGUUUAAGGCUACAGCGGACAUUGUGAAGAAAUUUCAAGAGGGUGUUGGGAAAGAGCUGCACUUGAAACUACUGCAGAGAGCCAGGACAAAGAAAAACUGGCUGGAAGAAUGGUGGUUAGAUGUUGCCUAUCUGGAGGUCCGCAUCCCCUCUCAGCUGAAUGUGAACUUUGGCGGCCCGGGACCCUACCUGGAGCACUGCUGGCCCCCUGCAGAGGGAACUCAUCUACAGAGGGCCAGUAUAAACACAUGGCAUACGCUACAGUACUGGAACCUGAUCCGCACGGAGAGGCUGGCUCCUCAGAAAGCUGGCAAAACAGCAUUAGAUAUGGACCAGUUCAGAAUGCUGUUCUGCACUUGCAAAGUACCUGGAGUAAAGAAGGACACCAUUCGUAACUACUUCAAGACCGAGCGUGAGGGUCCGUGCCCCUCCCAUUUGGUAGUGAUGUGUCGUGGACGGAUCUUCACAUUUGACGCUCUCUAUGACGGACAGAUCCUCACCCCUCCAGAACUACUCAGGCAGUUGAGCUAUGUGACAGAGCGCUGUGAGGGAGAGCCAGAGGGAGAUGGAGUGGCUGCUCUCACCUCAGAGGAGAGGACUCGCUGGGCGAAAGCCAGGGAGCAUCUAAUAAGCAUUGAUCCACACAAUAAGACCAUCCUGGAGACCAUCCAGAGCAGCCUGUUCGUCGUAUCUCUGGACGAAACAAAACCCUACUCUACUCCAGAGAACUACACAAAUAUAACCCGGGAAGCCCUUACAGGCAACGCCACCAUCCGCUGGGGUGACAAAUCGUACAAUUCACUCGUGUUCGCCAAUGGCACUUUUGGAUCCACGUGUGAUCAUGCACCAUAUGAUGCCAUGGUACUGGUGUCUAUGUGUUGGUAUCUGGACCAGCAAAUUAAAGCUGCAGAAGGCAAAUGGAAGGGCUCAGACGCAGUCAGACCCGUGCCCGUUCCUGAAGAGCUGGUGUUUACUGUGGACGAACAAGUCCGGAGUGACAUCAGCCACGCCAAACAGCAAUACCUGGAGUCGACACAGGACCUGCAGGUGGUGUGUUACGCCUUCACUGCAUUUGGAAAAGCAGCCAUCAAACAGAAAAAGCUGCAUCCAGACACUUUUGUUCAACUAGCAAUGCAGUUGGCCUACUACAGAAUAUACAAAAAGCCAGGAAGUUGUUAUGAGACAGCAAUGACUCGCAAGUUCUACCACGGUAGGACGGAGACUAUGCGGCCCUGCACCCAGGAGGCACUGAAGUGGUGUGAAGCCAUGAUGGACCCCUCGUGCGACGUUAAUGCCAAGAGGAAAGCCCUGCUGGUGGCCUUCAAUAAACACAACAAACUGAUGGCUGAAGCCCAGGAAGGAAAAGGUUUUGACAGGCAUCUUCUUGGGCUGUAUCUUAUUGCCAAGGAGGAGGGACGUCCCACUCCAGAACUCUUCACAGAUCCCCUCUAUGCAAAGAGUGGCGGUGGUGGUAACUUUGUGCUGUCGUCCAGUCUGGUGGGCUACACCACAGUUCUUGGGGCCGUGGCUCCCAUGGUGCACCAUGGCUAUGGCUUUUUCUAUCGCAUCAGAGAUGACAGGAUUGUGGUCUCCAUCUCGGCGUGGAAGUCUUGCCAUCAGACAGAUGCUGUGUCACUAUUUAACAACUUCUGUAGCUCCUUGCACGAGAUGCUCCACUUGGCCACCACAUCUCAGCUUUAAGUGCUCACACCAACAGACAGCAGCUAAACACAAGCUAAUUGACCUUUUACCUCUCAACAUAUGUUUGAACUUCAAUGGACACACAGUUCACAAACCGUCAGUUAAUAGCUGACAGCUAGCGAUAGUCAUGUUUGUUCUCAGCACAGAUCAAUGCAAAGGUACAGAAUCAGUACUUAUAUGUACCUUUAGUGUAAAUUGUUGUUUUGUGUGUAUAUAUUUAUCCAGAUUCUCUGAUUUUCAUGAUUGUAGAACACAUUUUAUUGAGAAUGUUUCAUUUUAAAUUCUGACCGUAUUAAUCCACCUUUAAACUUAGCUGACGCUAAAGCUGAAUAUCUUUUUAUGAUGUAUGUUCUCCAGUGGGUAAAGAUUCAGUAGAAACUGAGGCUGUUCUGAGGUGGAAAACUGACAGGAAAAUUACUUCUGACUGCUGUGGCUGCUGGCCUUCGAUUUAGUAAAAAAGGCAUUCCAGUGAAACUCAUGAUUGAAGUUCAGUAAAAUAUAUUUGUUAUGUUUUGGAUUGGUGGAACAACACUCAGGUGUUCAGUUGGACUGAAAUCAGUAAACAUCUUCUUGUGA